UUCGAACAAAAGAUUAAAUUUACGGGAUACAACAUGCCGAUCGGCAAAAUCGAACCUUUCGAUUUAACCUCGAAACAAUGGCCGGCUUACAUACGACGGGUCAAGCAAUUUAUUGUCCUAAAUGAGAUUAGAGAUGAACUUCAGGUGCCGAUGUUAAUUAAUGUGGUAGGUGAAGCGACAUAUGCGUUGAUGUGUGACCUGUGUGCGCCGGACCACCCAGAGAAUAAGUCUUUCGAUACCCUUACCGAGCUGGUCACAAACCAUCUGGAGCCGCAACGUUCCGAGAUAGCCGAGAGACAUGUUUUUCGACAAAGACGGCAGCGACCAGACGAAAGCUUGACUGAAUAUUUGCAGCACCUGAAGCAUUUAGCAGUCACGUGUAAUUUCGGUACAAGAUUAGAAGAGGACCUCCGAGAUCAAUUUGUCUCGGGUUUAGCGAGUGACGUCAUGCGAUCUCGAAUAUUUGCCGAAAAAAGUUUGGACUACAAAAAGGCAGUGGAGCUAGCUCUGGCAUUAGAGGCGGCCGAGAGGCACGCGGGGGUAAGCGGCGGCGAGAUGCCAGCGAGCGCCGGGCAGGCGGGCGAGGGCCUGCAUGCGGCGCGCAGCCAGCGGACGCGCGCGCUGCGCCCGGGCGGCGGCGACGCAGGCGCGGCGUGCGACGGCGCUGGCGCAAGCGGCGGCGGCGGCGGCGGCGCGAGCGGCGGCGGCGGCGGCGGCGCGGCGAGCGCUGCGGCGGCGGCUUGCUGGCGCUGCGGCCGCAGGCAUCGCGGGCGGUGCCGGUUCGCUAAUUAUACCUGCGACGAGUGCCACCAGCGCGGGCACAUCAAGGUCAUGUGCAAAAGUGUGCGUAAAAGUGAGGUGAAGUGUCAAAGUUUUAUCAGUGAGAGUUCGGAUGAGGACUUUUUUAAUAUUGACAUUAUUACUCAAGGUAACAAGCCAUAUUAUUUAAAAGUAAAGGUAGAAGAUAGUUUUUUAGAAGUCGAAAUCGACACGGGUAGCCGAAUAUCGGCCAUUAACGAAGAAUGUUACGAGAAACUAUUUAAACAUAAAGAGAUUGUGAAAGAUAAUUUAAUUUUGCGCAGUUACUCGGGGUCACGUAUUGAUUCCCUCGGAUAUAUAUUAGUACGGGUACAACUUAAGUCGGUUAUUAGUAAAGAUUUGCGGUUGUAUAUUAUUCAAGGCGGUAAUAGGCCUUUGCUCGGUAGGGACUGGCUCCGCGCUUUAAAGAUAACGCAAAUAAAUAUUAACGAAAUAAUAGAGGAGGAUCAAUUUGUGACCCGUUUGUCCAAGGAAUUUCCAGAGGUAUUUAGUGAGAAGCGGGGAACUUGUAACCGAAAGCUACAAUUACAGCUCACAGAUAGUACCGGAGUGUAUGUACGGGCGCGCGCUGUACCGCUGGCGCUUCGCGAACGCGUCGAAAGGGAACUCGCACGGCUCGAGUCCGACGGUACGAUUUACCGCGUCGAUCAUUCCGAUUUUGGUACACCGAUCGUGCCGGUAGUCAAAAGUAAUGGAGAUAUCCGAAUUUGUGGGGAUUACAAAAUAACGAUUAAUCCUAAACUAAAAAGAGAUUACUAUCCAUUGCCUCGUAUUGACGAGUUAUUUACCAAUUUAAGCAAUGGCGAGGAAUAUAGUAAAAUUGACCUUCGCCACGCCUACGAGCAGGUCCUUCUAGAAGAAAGUUCUCAAAAGUAUACCGCAAUCACGACACAUAUCGGAACGUUUAUAUACCGCCGGACGCCGUACGGAUUAUCGUGCGUACCUGAAAAAUUCCAAAAGUUAAUGGAAGAGACCUUACGGGGGGUACCAGGUACGGUAGUUUUUCUCGAUGACAUAUGUGUGACGGGUCAGAAUAGACAGGCACAUCUGAACAAUCUGCGAGCUGUAUUGGAGCGAUUACGGCAGGCCGGCCUAACAGUUAAAUUAAACAAAUGUAAAUUUUUACAGAAAAAUGUAAACUAUCUGGGCUUUGUAAUAGAUAAGGAGGGCUUACACCCCGAUUCUGAGAAGCUGAAGGCGAUUCACGCAAUCCCAACGCCCAAAGAUGUGACGCAACUUAAAAGUUUUUUGGGCCUAAUUAAUUAUUACGGUAGAUUUAUCCCAAAUCUAAGUACAACACAGGCCGUGGCUCCAUCUGCUGUGCCCUCUGUUUUUGCGGAGGGCACAGCAGAUGGAGCGAGGAUGGGUUUGGCGAGCACUUACCCUGCCGCUGAACAGGCGUUGGUGACACUCUGUUGCCUAGCCACCGUCGGGCUCGUAAUUCCGUUAUGA